AUGGACGUAGACGACGUGCCGAAGGAGGAGUUGGGCCCCAUGUACGUUGAGGUCCCUGGUUUCUUCCAGGCCUUUGGUGAAACCGCAGGUCUCCAGCCGGCAGCGCGGGCCGUGUUCAAAAGAUGCAAAGAAGGAGAUAAUCCGGUCUACCGAGAGGAGAGCGACCGGCAGUGCGGCCCUCCACAGCGAACACCGGCCCUUUGCGCGACCGGCAAGGCAGUUGGUGCACACUUGCCAUGGGAACCAGGCUUGCUCGACACGGCCGUCGCUCAGCUCCCCCUCCCGCUUGACCGGGAUCAUGAGGACCUUGGGGUGCUUGAAGAUGGGAGUUGUGCAGAGCUCACGCGGUGCGUACCUUCGAAGUUGCCGGAGUUGAUCGCUGAACCUAGCUCGAACAGAUCGCCAAAGAGGUUUAUGUUAUUGCUCUUAGAGGGAAGUGAACAACACACGGGGGUUAAGUGUUUCGAAGAUGUAAUCGUACUCGUAGCCUUUGCGGCGGAACAGGUUGCGGAACAAGAGACGUAG